AUGAGUAGUUCACGUACAGAUUCUUGUCCAUUUGGAAUUUCACCGAAUUCAACUUAUUCUUCAUCAAUAAUAUUUCAAGAAAACUUCAGAGUAUCUACUAUUUCAAGAAUAUUUAAUCAUUACAUUGAUGAAAUAGAUAUACAAGUCAAUUCUUGGUCAAUUGAUAAUUGUGAUCAAGGAAAAUGCAGAUCUUAUGAACGAAUACCCAAAAUUGCAGAUGCAUUGCAUAAUACUAGUCAUGGUAGACAUGAUAAAGGCCAGAUAUUAUUAUUUGCUGCUGGAAAUGACGGAGAAUAUCUUUGUGAUUCGAAUUUUCAACUCUUUUCUAUUGAAGAAGAGUCAAUGAUGAUUUCUUCAACGACAAACCGAGGUGAUAGAGCAUUCUAUUCAUGUAGAGGUACUGCUUUGAUAUGUAAUACCCCUUCUUCAUUGACUUCUUCCAUUGAUUUGCCAGAAAAACCGUUUUUAAUCAGCACAUCAAAUUUGUCACCUUUUAGUUUAACCGAAAAAUUUGCUGGCACUUCAGCAUCAGCGCCUAUCGCUGCAGGUGUGAUUGCAUUAGCAUUACAAGUUAAUAGUAACUUAACUAGAAGAGAUAUUUACUAUAUAAUUGCAAUGACAUCAACCAAAAAUGAUCCAUUUCAUUUUUCAUGGAAAAAGAAUUCUGCUGGAUAUCUGUUUUCAAGUGUAUAUGGAUUUGGUAGAAUAAAUGCUGGAGAAAUGAUUGAAAUGGCAAAGAAAUGGAAUGUAGUUCUGCCAAAACAAACAAAAAUUUUUCAACAAUCAUAUGGAAAUUUCAAAAAUGGAUUUUGUGAAAUCAAAUUUGAUAUUUCGGAAGAUUUAUUUGUUGAAACUGUAUCUGUUGAUGUUAGUUUGUAUACUAUGGAUUAUUCUACAAUGCUUAUUGAUUUGAUUUCUCCUGAAAAUACGAUAUCUAAUAUUAAAACAGCAGCAAUGAUCAAAGAAGAAGGUAGAAGAUAUAAUAGAUCGUUUUUGUGUCGUGGAUUUUUAGGUGAAAAUGCAAAAGGAUCUUGGAAAUUAAGAAUUAGAACUCAUAUUUUAUCUGAUACAAAUGUUUUUGUAAACAGUACAAUAAAAGUAUCUGGAACAAAGGUAAAACCGAAUUUAUCAAUGUCUACUAUUCAUUUUGGCCAAAAUCCUUUUGAAAAUUAUCAAAUUCGAACUGAAAUUUUAAAAGAUCUACCAGAAACAAUCAAUGCAAGUAUCUUACAAAGAGUAACAAUUAAUAAUAUCUUCAAUAAAACAGUUUUGAUUCGAUUAUUUGCAUCAGAUUUUGAAUCAAAGAAUCGAAUUUUGUUAAGUAAGAAAAACAUAACAAGAAAAGGCGGAUAUAUGGAAUUUUAUAUUCCAAGUAUCUUUGUUGAUGACUACUGUUGCAAUAUUAUCUGUGAAAUUUUUGAAUUUAACAUUAUUGAUGCCAAAAAGGUGAAAAUUCAACAUGGGUACAAUCUUCCAAGCAAUAUUAUGAUAUACAAAAGAAAAUACUAUCAUUUAAUAUAUAAUUUAUAUUGUAAAAUUGAAAAAAUUAAUCCAGAAAUCAUGUGCUCAAUAUACUUUGCAAAUAAAUCAGUUUCCCAUUAUGUAUAUUCUAACAAUGGCCAUAUCUUAAUUGAGUGUAAAACAAGAGAAAAAAUUGAGAAAAUAAUUUUAACUCCAGUUGAGCAUUUGGAUGUUACUAAUGUUGAUUACAUAGUUUUUGAUGAUGUUCCACCACUCCCAAUCGAUAUAUCUUACGUAUUAAUUGCUAUUUUCAUUAUUUUGAUAGGAGUUUUUCUGUUUAUGAAGUGCAAAUCCAAAGGUCAUAAAGUUUCUUUCCCAUAUCAGCCUUUAAUCUAA